AUGGUAGGGUACCCAAUUUCCCCCACAAAAAGGGCUAGAAUAGCCGAAGCAGCCCUUCACUCCACUCCCACCACUGCCGCUGCUCGUUUUGGCUGCAGCCCUAGUACCGUCACUCGUAUAUGCCAACGCCUGAAUCUACGUGGUCAUACCAAGACCAAAACCCAACCUGGACGUCCAAAGAAGCUUUCUGAUUGCGAAAGAACAAGAAUAAAACAUGCGUUAUUGAAAAGUCGCCGUCAAAGUCUCAAACAAGUACUUUCUCUUCUCAAAAAGGAAGGGAUCCACAUCUCCUGCUCUCUUCUUCGAUCCACCAUGCGUCAAAUGGGUCUGAAACGUCGUGUAGCUCGUACAAAACCUCUCCUUACUGCUCAGCAUCGCAAAGAACAUAGAGAAUGGGCCAAACAAUACAAAGAUUUCACUGGAGGACAGGGAUUUAUACCGAUGAAGCAAAGAUGUGGAUAG